UCAUCAUAAAAAAAAUAUAAAUCACAAAAUUUCACAAUAUGAAAAUUGAAAAAACAAAUGUAAUGUCCAUAAAAAAUUUAUUAAUGUCCAUGGGAAUACUAUCCUUUACCAUACUAAUACUAUAUACUUUGUACAUAACUAAUAAUAAUAAUAAUAUCGUCAUGUCAAAUAUAUUAUUUUUUAUCGGUAGUCUUAAAUUUUGGCUACAACCACUAUAUCUUUACUUCAUAAUGAACUUCAUCAUUCUUACCAUUGUGGCCUCGUCACGCUUCCACCAUAACCGCCACCAUGACCACCACCAAUAUCAUCAACAUGGCGUCGAUCAAUACGGCGUCGUUUCUCACUUGGCUGAAACUGUUAUUGUAGAAGGUAUUAGUAGAUUUGAGUGUAACGACGUCGUUUCUUUGAAGGAUGUUGAAGUUGUUGAAAAUAGUUCCAAUGUAAAGGAUAAUAAAUAUCAGGAGGAAGUUUUGAACAAGAUCAAAGAUGAAUCUAUGGAAAUUGAAGAGCCCACGUGUAUUCGUUCUCAGCCGUUGAUUAGACAUCAGGUUUUUGAGAAACUUUCGCCGGAAUAUUCCUCGGAGAUACCACUAUAUUCUUCUAGGUUUGGUGAUCAUGAUCGUCGUCAUGUUGAAGGUGUAAAAGCAUUAAAAGUAUCCAAGCCAAAACAUGAUACAUUAGAGAACACUUGGAAAGCUAUAAAUGAAGGACGAAAUAUGCCUUAUUUAACGACCAUAGAACAAAGGCGAAGCCAAGAAAUAAAAGCCAAGAAUAUCACGUCCACUAAGCUUAGGAAGGAGCCUUCACUAAGUCAAGAUGAGUUGAAUCGCCAAGUUGAAGCAUUUAUCACCAAAUUCAAAGAACAAAUGAGAUUACAAAGACAACAAUCAACACAGCAGUUUAUGGAGAUGAUUGAUCAUGCUACUUAA